AUGUCUAACACCGCCGCCGAAGCUGUCCCAGCCACUCAACCUGUCGUAGAAACCCCCGCCGUUGCCGCCACAGCCGCCGAGCCAACCACCCAGCCUAAGAAAUUCGCCAACAUCCAGAAAACCGUUGGAUCCAAAGCAAGGGCCUUCCUCGGCGCUUUCCACACUGCCGGUGAACACAUCCGUGGUAACAUCAACGCUGCCCUUGAUGGAGCCGGUGACGCUAUUGCUGGCCGCAAAACCGGGACUGUAGCUGGCCGCAAGUCUGGCGAACAAGCUGCACGAUCUACGGAAGCGACUACCUCCGCUCCGGUGGCUCCUGCUACUACCACUGCUGCGCCUGAAACAAAUCCUACUGCUGAGACCGUCCCCGCAGCUCAGGAGACCGGUGAAAACCGUUUCGUCGUUGGCCAAUUCAUUAACACCAGCUUCAAACGCACCGCUACCCUUGUCCACCGUGUUGGUGGCAGCCUGAAGUCCAAAGGCACCAGCACCGUUGACUCGCUUGGUAACUCUGUCUCCACCGGCAAACAGCGCGCCUCUCGCCGAUUCAGCCGGGCCCCCAAGGCUGCCGCAGGCGAAGCGGAGGCCCCAGUUGUAACCGGUGCCGCAGCUCCUGCCGAAACAGCACCCGCUGCUGCACCGGCGGCUGUUGAGCCAGCUACGACAACAGCUUAA